UGCCUACCCGGAAAUGUUGGUUGUUGAUAGUUGAAGUGAAGAUGGUGACUGGGUGAGCGAGGGUCAUAGUCGAAGAGAGUGAAUCAAAACCUGCAUUUGUUUCGCCAACUGUAACAUUGUGAGGACAAGAUAUUGAGAUGGAUGGUGCAGAAGAGGUACGAGUGAAAGCAUCCCGUUACUGCUGGUCUACCCAUGAUGGAGGGAACGUCACUGGGCCCCGUCUGGCCAAGCGCUGCAAGAAAAGCCGGAGCCUGAGCACUUCCUCAGCCAGCAGCUCGUCUGAGUACAGGAGGACCCAGUCUCUACACGGACCAAGCCCCGUGACUACAUUUGGUCCGAAGGCUUGCAUGCUGCAGAAUCCACACACAGUAAUGCACAUUCAGGACCCCGCCACCCAGCAGCUGACGUGGAACACGCCCCCCAAGAGUGUCCUCGUCAUCAAAAAGAUCCGAGAUGCCACCCUGCUUCAGCCUUUCAAGGAUCUCUGCAUCUUCCUCACGCAGGUCAAAAACAUGAUUGUGUAUGUGGAAAAGAAGGUUUUGGAGGACCCAGCUAUUUCUGGUGAUGACAACUUUGGGACCCUUGCAAAGAAAUUCUGCACUUUCAGAGAAGAUCUCGAUGACAUCUCCAACCGUGUGGACUUCAUCAUCUGUCUUGGCGGAGACGGAACUUUGCUCUAUGCGUCUUCGCUCUUUCAGGACAGCGUUCCACCAGUGAUGGCCUUCCAUCUGGGCUCUCUUGGCUUUCUGACACCUUUCAAGUUUGACACCUAUCAAUCUCAGGUCACCCAAAUUAUUGAAGGUAAUGCAGCCAUAGUGCUGCGAAGUCGAUUGAAAGUUCGCGUGCACCGGGAGAGGGAAAAGGGCAUCAUUCUGACCAACGGCGAAGUCGACGGUAGCCGCAAAGUCACAAACUAUCAGGUGCUGAAUGAAGUGGUUGUGGACAGAGGCCCCUCCUCCUACCUCUCCAACGUGGAUCUCUUCUUGGACGGACACCUUAUCACCACCGUGCAGGGAGACGGCGUGAUUGUUUCCACGCCUACAGGCAGCACAGCAUAUGCAGUGGCCGCCGGAGCCUCCAUGAUCCACCCCAACGUGCCGGCUAUCAUGAUCACUCCCAUCUGCCCCCACUCCCUCUCUUUCAGACCCAUCGUGGUGCCAGCCGGAGUGGAGUUGAAGAUAAUGCUGUCACGUGAUGCCAGAAACACGGCAUGGGUAUCAUUCGACGGGAGACGCCGUCAAGAGAUCUGUCACGGAGACAGUAUUUCCAUCACAACUUCCUGCUUCCCCAUUCCUUGCAUCUGCUUCCGCAACCCGGUCAACGACUGGUUCGAGAGCCUAGCCCAGUGUUUACACUGGAACGUGAGGAAGAAGCAGAAUCACCUCAGCUCAGAGGACGAUGAGUUCUGAGACCCAGUUUUUUCUUUUACCGUCACCUUGAUCUUCAGUACCGUUCCCUUUUUUUAACAGUAGUAGUUCUCCACCAGCACCAGUUUUGUAUCACUUUAAAAUGGGACGACAGAAUUUUGAGAAAUGCAAAGCUGUUCAAUUCUAAAGGGGAUUUUUAGAGUGGCCUCGAAUGGCUCCCUGUUGGCGCGGGUCAUCCCCAUUUUUUUUUUUUUUGUCUUAAGGCACCAAAUUCAGAUUUAGGGAUGUUCUUGUGCUAAUGUGCUCAACUUCAAAGGUUAUAAUAAUACCUCUCAGAAUGUGUGUUUUCCGAUUUUUUUUUUUUUUCCAACCUGCAACCAGGUUGAAAAAAAAAUACAUUCUUUCAUUCUUUCUCUGUGAAAGUUUUGCACUUUAGUGGCCAAAUCUCAUGUUGUCACACCUUUAUAAAUUUGAUGUUAGAACAUGAGCCAAUUUUGCAAACUGUGCCUUACAUUGACCAUUAACAAUUGAAUGUGUGAGAACAAAUCUUUUCCAGGUUUAUCCCAUAACUUCUUUUUGGGGGGGGGGGGGGGGGUUAAAAACAAUCACACCAAUCUAUUUUCUCAGUAGCCAUUCACUAAUGUAGUUUGUUGGUUAUUGUGCACAUCACAUGCAGCCUGUUUUUUGUUUUAUUUUGGGGGUUUUUACGAUAAAUACAGUCAGUUUUUUUUUUUUUUUGCUUUUUUAGACGUGUAAGCCAUAGUGAAAGCAGCCAUGUGGCCUAACCUUUCUUUAUCUUGUCAACGAGGCAACAUUCCAUGUGAAUGUUGCAUUGGAAUGAAAAGACGAGCAAAGAGGACCAACUGAGCUCUUAAACUCAGAAGUACGUACUGUAUAUAUGUGUCGCUUUAAUAAGAUGUAUUUUGUCAAAUGUUUUUAUUCACUUGUUUACAAUGUAUCAAAGGGGAAAAUAAAUCUGUUUGGUACUUUUGUGCUACAUUAA